ACUUCACUUGCCGUUCAUGGCUACGUGUCCGCCCGCCGUCGGCUACGUUAAAUCCCGCUCGGCUCGUAGGAACCAGGCAGCGGGAAGUCAGCGGGGAACACAGCCGCGUUUCGGGUUAGCAGCUCGGUCCAGAUAUGGGGGAAAUAGUCCUACCGAGGCGCAUGUUCCUCUGGAGCAUGUCGCUCAUCUAUUUGGCCGCCUUUGUGUCCCUGUAUGUGCAGAUACCAGGUCUCUAUGGUAACGAUGGGCUGUUGCCGGCUCGUUGGCAGCUGCCAUACAGCGGUAAGACCCUCGACGAGCAGCUGCUGUCCUCUCCCACCCUGCUGUGGCUCGGACCUCGGCUCGGCCUGGACACACACACUGCCAUGGAGCUGCUGUGUCUCAUCGGGGCGGCGCUGAGCCUCGCCGCCAUGCUGGUGGAGGCUCUGCGAGACAGCGUGGUUUUUUUCUGCCUCUGGGCCUUGUACCUGUCCAUGUACCAGGUGGGCCAGGUGUUCCUCUACUUCCAGUGGGACAACCUGCUCCUAGAGACCGGGUUCCUCUGUAUCCUCGUUGCUCCACUGACAAUAAUCCGAGGGUCACGAGGGGUCAGGGAGCACGAUCGCGUGACCUUCUGGCUGACCCGCUGGCUUCUCUUCCGGCUCAUGUUUGCCUCUGGUGUGGUGAAGCUCACAUCGCGCUGUCCCACGUGGUGGGGCCUGACAGCUUUGACGUAUCACUAUGAGACUCAGUGUAUUCCCACUCCUCUGGCCUGGUUUGCCCACCAUUUGCCCAUGUGGUGGCAGAAGUUCAGCGUGGUGGGAACCUUUGUCAUCGAGAUCGCUGUACCUUUUUUGUUCUUCAGUCCUCUACGUCGGCUCAGACUCGGCUCUUUUUACUUGCAGGUGCUGCUGCAGGCGCUCAUCAUCUUGUCCGGAAACUACAACUUCUUCAACCUGCUGACAUUGGCGCUCAGCCUGUCACUGCUGGAUGAUCAGCAUGUACUAUUCUGGCUACGCAGAGCAGACACGGCCGACAACAAUAAGUCCAGACUGUGGUCGUGGCUGUGUUAUCUGGUGGAACUGGCAGUUUGGUCCCUCAUAGUCUUUGGAUCAAUUAUAUGCUUUGAUCUGAAGAUGGAUACCGCGAAGAAUGCCAUCUCCUCCAGGACAGCAGUCACAUAUCACCAGUUUAACCAGUUUCUGAAGACUGUCACAAUCCCCUCUAUCUGGAUUGGGGUUCUCUCUCUCACCUGGGAAAUGAUAACAGCGAUGUUCAGGUGUGCAUGCGUCUCUGGUUUCCUGAAGAGGUUUUGUGGCACUGUUCAGUGGACUGUGAUCGCUGCUGCUGCUGCUGCCAUGUUCACUGUCAGUCUGGUGCCCUACACCUAUAUGGAGCAUGACUCUCAUGCCAGGUUGUGGCCAGGAGUGCGUCGGACCUAUGAGCUUGUGGAUCGCUACCAGCUGGUCAACUCGUACGGCCUCUUCAGAAGAAUGACAGGUGUUGGCGGGCGGCCAGAAGUGGUCAUCGAGGGAAGCCAUGAUGGAAUCACGUGGACGGAGAUUGAGUUCAUGUAUAAGCCCGGGAACCUAAGUGCACCUCCCGCUGUGGUGACACCUCACCAGCCCAGGUUGGACUGGCAGAUGUGGUUUGCGGCCCUUGGGCCUCACACACAGGCUCCGUGGUUCACCAGCCUCAUGUACAGACUGCUGCAGGGAAAGAGAGAUGUGAUCGAGUUGAUUCAGACGGAUGUGUCUCAGUAUCCGUUCCACCAGCAGCCUCCUGCCUACGUCCGAGCUCAUCGCUACAGAUACUGGUUCACUCAACCCAAAGCUGAUGGUUCUUACCCACAGCGCUGGUGGAGGAGGGUCUAUGAUGAAGAAUUCUAUCCCACAGUGCACCUGGGCCACACGGACCUGGAGAGCAUGCUCAAUCAGUACGGACUCAAGGACAAAUCGCCACCACGUCCCAUGUCCAACAGGACCAUUGCCCAGGCAGUGAGGUGGGUGCGCUCUCAGGUCAGAGGAGUUCCUGCCCACAUACUCAUCUGGACCCUCAUUGCCUGCAGCGCCACCCUCUGUCUCCUCCAGGGAUUGCUAAACAGGAACAAAGAGACCCCACUUACUCAUGAGGCUGAGACUGUGAACGAUCAUACAGGAAAUUCUGAUGAUCAUAAGGAGGAGGAAGACGAAGAAGAGCACAGUGAAGAAGAGAAGGACCAUGUUGGUGAUGACGAAGAGGGUGAGGAGGAGGAGGAGGAGGAUGAUAAAGGGAAAGAUGAGAUCGUCCAAAAGGAAAAGUUUUGAUAAAGUUUCAGAGAUGCAUGUAGUCCCCGUGGGAGUGCCAGGGGUAGAAUGAGUGGAACCGGAUCAUGUACAGACCCUGAAGACAGAACUGAGCCUGUGAGCACUGCCGCUGAGGACUGUAAUUUGUAAUUUGAUAUUUAUUCUUUACGUAAGAAUGACAAAAAUAACCAGCUUUCACUCCUGUUUGUGCACCAAGUGUGAAGUUCAUGACCUAAAACUUUAGAAAAAUAGUGAUUUAAGGUAAAGGGUGACUCACCUCCUCUGGUAUCUGGCACUUGUUGAACUUCAGAACUCUGUAGAGAUACUCUGAGGACAACACAGGAAGGCAAACAAUGUUAAAGAUAAACGGGCACGUCAAUGGGAGUACACAUCUUUUUACCUCCGAGGUACCAGGGAACUUGGUGGAAGGAUGUAGUAUGAGUCAAGGAAGAACCCAUUCAAUUUUGAUGUGGCUCCAGGUCAGGAGGUGGAACCAGGAUGUUUCUUUUCCUAGUUUAACAUUAUGAGAUGGGGUGUUUUCGCAUUGAAUAACUAAUGGAUCUUGAUGAAAAAUAAUUCAGGCAUUUUUGGGGGGACUGCAAUGGUGUGUGUAUGAGUGAAAGAGUGAUUUAAUCAAUACAAUUUUAUUUGUAUAGCCCAUAUUCACAAAUCACAAUUUGUGUAAUCUGCCUUAAUAAGGUUCAACAUCCUCUGUCCUUAAACUUUAAAGAAAUAAUACAUAAGAAAAUGUCUGAUAGAGAUGAAGGGAGCAGCAAUGAGAGAGUGAGGGAGUGAGAGAGAGAAUGCAAUGAUUUCUCGUACCAUCAUGGCCCCAGGACAUGAGGACUUUGUCCAGCCCGCAGUUUGGUUCAUAGAUCCCAUAUUCAGUGCUGAAGAGAGGAAAAAUAAAUCAACUCCUUAAUCAUUAAAUAACUUGUCAAUGCAUGGUAUUGGUGGUAGAGCUGAAACACAUUAUAACUGAUGGAUUAUUGUGUUUCAAUCUUUGCUUUUUCCUUUUCCUAGGGUAACUAACUAAAUGAUCAGAGAGAAUGUGAGAAUCUUUAGCUCAACAUUACUGUAUUUAUUUAAGAAUAGGACUAUAGGGCUUACUGCAAAGUGCAUAUUUAAAUGAACAAAGUUAACCAUCAAACUGCGAUUAAUAAUCUUGAUAAGGGAACAUGAGAGUACGAACCUGUAGCUGGGAUCUUUGUCGUCUGGGUUUUCGAGGAAGGUGUUGUCUCUGAACACAAUGGAGUUUUGGUACUUGCAUCCCACAGGGAAGGUGUCGCCCACUACAGCCCACUGCAGAGAACACAGACACACACACACAGUACAAUGGGUUAUAUGUGUCCAUAUAUUUUAUUUAGAUUUUAAAAUCUCAAAGGGUUCUUGUUUUUUGCCAUACCAAUAGAUAGAAGUAAAAAAAUAUAUACUGAAACUUUGUUUUGUAUAACUAUAAAUAAAAAUAAAUAAAUAAAUAGAA